UCAUGCUGCUGCCAGGUCCAGAGUCUCUCAUGGGUCCCUGUACGGGCCUCCCAUUGCUGCUGUCUCCAUCGCCACACCUCUGCCAUGUGCCACUUUCAGGUCGCUCCUCACACUUCCUGCUGGUUUCCAUUUUGUCAUAGGUUGCUGGCAGAUUACAGGCCUCCCAUAGGUGCAUGCCAGGCCCCAAAUCUGCCAUCGGCCCCCGUACCGCCUCGUCACGCUGUGGCUGGGUCCACAGUGUGGACAUGGGUUGCUGUAUGGCCUCCCAUUGCUGCUGCCUCCACCGCCACACUGUGGCUCCAAACACUGGUUUUUGGCCCCGUUUAGACUG